CUAGCAACCGAUUGAAAUAUUUCAAUGAAAAUGCCAUUGACUUUUGCAAUUACUAUUUAGUGAGUCUUAAAAAUAUAUUUAUUUGAUAAAGGGAGAGAAAAUGGCUGGAGUUACACGACCCAUGAGUCAAAUGAGAAAGUUUGAAACUGACUAUUGCAGCUACUACUUGAUGCGCUUCAACAAGCAGCCUCAGUUCUGCCGCAAGGUGGAGGAACAGCGUCCAGUUCGAAGACCACAGACGAGAAAGACCAGGGAGAGAACUGAGCCUAUGAUCCCUGCGGAGUGUAUGUGUGUGAAAGAGGGUGCCGAUCUGCCGUCUACUUUCACCGUUACCAAGUUGUUACAGGACGAACAAGCCAUCCAAACGAUAUCAGCGAUAGAAAGGAAACCUAUAGCUGGUCUUCUUAACCACAUGACUCAUGACAAGAAGCAGUUGGCGGAAGUGUUGUACCAGGACAUCAUCAGAUCCUCGGGAGUGUCUUGGGAUGAUGUGAAGGGACUAUCUUCUGCGAAGAGCUUGCUCAUGGAGUCCGUUGUUUAUCCUGUGCGGUAUCCAGAAGUAUUCACUGGACUGCUGGAACCGUGGCGAGGUGUACUCUUGCACGGACCACCAGGCACCGGAAAGACGAUGCUGGCUCGAGCUGUGGCUGGCGAGAGUUGUUGCACUUUCUUCAACGUGUCCUGCAGCACCAUCGUCAACAAAUGGCGGGGAGAGACUGAGAAGAUUAUAAAGGUCCUCUUCGAGAUGGCAUCUUACUACUCUCCCUCAAUAAUCUUCAUGGAUGAAGUGGAGACGCUGGCAUCAGACCGGUCGACUCCUGGUGAACAUGAGGCAUCACGUCGCCUGAAAGCACAGCUCCUGACGGAGAUUGACGGCAUCGGAGGGAGAGAGGGGAUCAUAUUCAUGUUGGCUAACUCUAAUAUGCCUUGGGACAUUGACCCAGCCAUGUUGAGAAGACUAGAGAAGCGAAUAUACAUUCCCCUGCCAGACUUCAAGACCCGUGAGGAGUUGUUCCAGAAAUACUUGAAUGCGAAGAACGUAGAACUGUUUCCAAAGGUGGACCUAAAAGAACUCGCCUCGAAGACUGAGGGGUAUUCCGGGAGUGAUAUCAAGUUGGUGUGCAAGGAGGCUCUGAUGUGUAAUGUUAGGAAGAUGCUGCCCUCUAUGAGUGGGAAAGCUCAAGUACCAAAUCGCAAGGAUAGACUGGACUUGGCAGACAUUCUGACAGCCAUUGAGAAGACGAAGCCGGUAUCCAAGAACCUCACCAAAAGACACGUGGAGUGGCAAAAUGAGAUGGGAUGUUCAUAGUCUUCAAUCAUUUUUUUUUAGUCCCCC